CGGUCGACCAGUGGAAGCCGACGAUCGCGCGAGCAAGAAAGAAGGGCGAGAGGGGAAGGAAAGCUUCGUCACGUUUUUUACGUCCUUCGUGCCAAAGAAAUUGACGGUCUUUGCGUCGAUCGAACUCGCCGAUCGAGAGCUAGCCAAACGCUCGUCGUCGUUCGCUGCGAGCCCGUGCAUUCGCGACGAUAGGAAGCGCGAGAGCGACAUCGAGGAGGCUCGUGGGAUAUCACUACGCCGCACGUUGAGGGGAGAAGCGAGAGCGUCCGAGAGAUAGAGAGAGAGAGAGAGAACGCGAGGACAGGGAGCAGAAGAGGGGGGACGUCGUCGGGGCAGUUGAUUCGGUAGUGACUACAUGUGGGUAUCCGCCGGUUGCGAUCAGAAAACGUCUCGCGUUAGGACGAUAUCGUAAAGAGUCUCGUGUCGCAAUUGUGAUAUAUAUCCUGACGAGAGGGUCGAGCGGAAGUUACUAGAAGCCAUGCAGAUGGAUCCAACGACGGUACAAUUGAUCCAGGUCCUCGAGAGGACGGUCUCCUCGGACAAAAAUGAACUGGAAGCGGCGGAAAAUUUUUUGGAACAAGCGGCACUGUCCAAUUUCCACGAGUUCGUUCAACGGCUCAGCGGAGUACUGGUUACGGCAACGGCCAGUCCGGUGGCUCGUAUGGCAGCUGGGCUGCAAUUGAAGAAUCAACUUACCUCCAAGGAUCUGACGCUGAAGUAUCAGUACCAGCAACGUUGGUUGGCUAUCCCUGCCGACACGAGGGAAUAUAUAAAGAAAAAUAUCUUGGGAGCAUUAGGAACCGAAAACAACAGGCCCAGCUCCGCGGCACAGUGCGUGGCUUACGUAGCUGUUGCCGAAUUGCCGGUCGGUCAAUGGAGCAAUCUAAUUCCUCUAUUAGUAAACAACGUGGUUAAUCCUAAUAGUACAGAAAUGAUGAAAGAAGCUACCUUAGAGACUAUCGGUUACAUUUGUCAAGAAAUAGAGAGCGAAGUGUUGGUAUCGCAGUCUAAUCAAAUUCUCACAGCGAUUAUUCACGGCAUGAAAGGUUCCAGUACGUCCAAUCACGUACGACUUGCAGCUACAAGCGCUCUCUACAAUUCCUUAGAAUUUACCAAAGGAAACUUUGAAAUAGAGUCCGAGAGGAAUUUUAUUAUGGAAGUAGUGUGCGAAGCGACGCAAUCGACGAACACGCAAGUUAAAGUAGCGGCUUUACAAUGCCUCGUCAAAAUUAUGUCUUUGUAUUAUCAGUACAUGGAACUUUACAUGGCACCGGCAUUGUUUCCUAUUACUCUGGAGGCUAUGAAGUCGGACAUCGACGAGGUUGCACUGCAGGGAAUUGAAUUUUGGUCCAACGUGUCGGACGAAGAAGUUGAUUUAGCCUUGGAAGAGGGGGAUGCUUCUGAAGUUGGUCGACCACCGUUGAAAGUUUCGAGGCACUACGCGAAAGGUGCUUUACAAUUUUUGGUACCGGUACUCAUGAAAAAAUUAACGAAACAAGAAGAAUUCGAUGACGAGGACGAUUGGAAUCCUUCGAAAGCCGCCGGUGUAUGCUUGAUGCUGCUUUCCACUUGUUGCGAGGAAGCUAUAGUUCCGUUCGUUCUUCCGUUCGUCAAGGAUAAUAUCAAGAGUCACGAUUGGAGAUAUCGAGACGCAGCGGUAAUGGCGUUCGGUUCUAUCCUAGGUGGCGUAGAGCCUACCACUUUGAAACCGUUGGUCGAACAGGCGAUGCCUACGCUCAUCGAGCUGAUGUACGACAGCAGCGUGGUCGUAAGGGACACCGCAGCGUGGACGUUCGGACGUAUUUGCGAGAUCAUUCCAGAAGCCGCCAUUAACGAAACGUAUUUGAAACCUUUGUUGGAGUCUUUGGUAAACGGGCUUAAGGCAGAACCUCGGGUCGCUGCGAACGUAUGCUGGGCGUUCACGGGUCUUGCCCAAGCGAGUUACGAGUCGGCCUGCGAGGACGAGAAUCAGCCAGAAACUUACUGCAUGUCGCAAUACUUUGAUUUCAUAAUUCAGAGACUGUUGGAGACUACCGACAGAUCAGACGGGGCUCAAGCGAACUUGAGAUCCGCUGCGUACGAAGCUCUGAUGGAGAUGGUGAAGAACUCUCCGCGGGAUUGUUACGUCACCGUGCAAAAGACGACGAUGGUCAUUUUGGAACGAUUGCAGCAGGUAUUGCAAAUGGAAACGCAUAUACAAAGCCAUUCGGAUCGAGCCCAGUACAACGAUCUCCAAUCGUUGCUAUGCGCCACCCUGCAGUCCGUGUUACGUAAAGUAACUCCGGAAGACGCGCCACAGAUAUCCGACGUUAUAAUGACCGCUCUAUUGGCGAUGUUCAAUUCGAAUUCUUGCAAAUCCGGAGGCGUCCAAGAGGACGCUCUGAUGGCCGUCUCGACUUUGGUCGAAGUUUUGGGAGAGCGCUUUUUGAAAUACAUGGACGUAUUCAAGCCUUAUCUCUGUCUCGGCCUGAAAAAUCACGCCGAGUAUCAAGUAUGUUGCGUCGCCGUGGGCCUUACCGGUGAUAUUUGCCGUGCUCUCAAGAGCAAGAUCAUUCCGUAUUGCGACGAGAUAAUGACCCUCCUGUUGGAGAAUUUAGGAAACAACACGGUACACCGUUCGGUCAAGCCUCAAAUCUUUUCGGUCUUCGGCGACAUCGCCCUGAGCAUCGGUCCGGAAUUCAAAAAGUAUUUGGACAUUGUCCUGCAAACGUUGGUACAGGCCUCGCAGGCGAACGUCGAUAGAUCCGAUUACGACAUGGUCGAUUAUCUCAACGAAUUACGCGAGGGCGUAUUGGAGGCUUACACAGGAAUAGUGCAGGGUUUCCGUGGUGAUUCUACGAACACAUGCCCGGAGGCAGAGAUCGCUUUGGUCGAACCGCACGUGCCGUACAUCAUUCAAUUUAUUACCCUGAUCGCUCAAGAUCGGGAGCAUUCCGACGGUAACAUAUCGGCUGCGCUUGGCCUUAUCGGCGAUCUCGUCACCGUUUUCGGAGCGAAAUUAUUGCCGAUGGUCGACACCGAGCCGCUUAACGAGUUAUUAAUGAAGGGCAAGAAAUCGCGUAACAGCAAAACGAAGACGUUGGCCACUUGGGCCGUUAAGGAGAUUCGAAAGGCUAAGGCCGCUGCUAACAACACUACGUCCAGUUGAUCAGCCCACGGUUGUACUGUCGUGCAAUUUGAUUUGACUAGAACGCUAUCAAACAAUACAAAGACAACAAGAUUGGAUGUUGCGGAUGCGAGUUGAUGGAUGUGCGUGAGUUCCGAAGCGAUGAGGAUGGGGUGAUGAGUCUGCACGUGUCCCUGUCUGGCAACGGUAUGCGAGGGUACCGGCGAGGGUAUACAGGGUCGAACACAGCCCAUAUGCUCGACAGAGACAAAUACCUGUCUGCCGGAUACCGACAAUAGAUGAUUAAAAAAUACGAGUGCAAGUGGAUGAUGCCAAAAUGAGUGAGCCAGGGCCGAGGCCUGCUGAGAUGAUGUUCCCGUGAUGCAAGUAUGCCUGAAAAUCGAGUAUGCGGCUUCUAUCCGCGUGAUUGAGAGCUCCGCGUGAAGUUGAAUCCGAGAGAAAGAACGAGCGAGAGCGAGAGCGAGAGCGAGAGCGAGAGAGAGAGAGAGAGAGAGAGAGAGAGAGAAUGAGAGCGCGAGAGAGAGAGAGAAAGGACGACUUCGAUGGACGAUGUUAGUGGGCGGUGAAAGGAAGAGAGUGCGAGAUGUUGUACGUGAUGAGAUACGAGCGAACCGAGAGCGUGCGCGCGAGCGAGCGAGCGAGAGAGAGAGAGAGAGAGAGAAAGAGAGAAAAGACGUGAAAUGGAAUAUGUGAGGUAUGAGUGUGCGUGCAAGAGAGAGAAAGUAUGAGAGCGACAGUGCGAGAGGCUGUGAGAAUUUUAGUCGAAUUAUGUGUAUCCUUGUUUACGCACGUCGCACGACGUUAUACUAUACCCCUUACUCCUGUGGAUUCUGAUUAAAGUCCCACGGUAAGAAUCGUAUCGCGACUCACGCGAGUAAGAGUAAUGCUCAGGAUGCGAGGCGUGUACUUGUUAUUUUAGUAUGUCUGAAAACUUUGCUGUGAGACCAUGUGAUACAAGGAGUGAAUUAAUCAGCAAGUCUGAACGAGAGCGAGUGUGACGAAGAGAGAACGAGAGACUGAAUUAAACAAAGAAACAAAUAUACAAGAAGAUUCGACAAGCUGGUAACCCCUGAUCCGAUCGUUUUGCGCGCGAAUCCAAUGAUCCGUUGUACGACGAUGUGUAUGUUCAUUUCCCACCCCAACCCCCCACCCCCCCAAACCCCGUAUGCGAAUGUCUGUUGCUAUUGAUUCAUUAAAAAUUAAUAUUUUGCUGGCAACAAGUGAUUUAGUUGUAUCGAAGACCUCGUCUAGCCUGAACCGGGAGAGAAAGACGACCGCACUCCAUCUCCGCUUCUGACAUACGUAGUAAAUUACAGAGACAAAUAGAACAAGUUUUUAUGCGAUCAUAAUACGAUCAUUCGCCGAUUCGCAUCGGUUUUUACUUAAUCGAAUAUGUAAAACGAUUAAAAAGAGAAGGGGGUACAUUUUCCACUGCCAUCGAAUCUAUUCUCUUACCGCUUACCAACGUUUAUUUCUAAACGAGAUUUUUCGACUUACUUUUUUUUUCUUUUUUUAUUUCUUUCUGUCUUUUUUUUUUUUUUUUUUCUUUCAAACGCGAGAGAUAUCUUCGCAACGUUUUCUUCUAUUGUUUAUGUAAUUCGCGAACAACAGUACCAACGACAGCUACUACUACUACAAGAAAUAUCGUCUUCCUGGAUUCGUGGCUCGCAACGAAAGUGGAGAGUACUCGUUCGAUGCAUUGGUAUUAUGAUCGCGUAAAUGCGUAGAGGGUAAUUGACAUAGCCCAGUGUUCUUGCCUCAAGAAUAUGUAAUCCUUUCGACGAAAUAAAAUCGAGUCUACGUUGAAGAUAGCGAUUCGAUUCAGCAUCGUAAUAUCUCGAUCGAUUCUUUCAACGAAAUUGGAAUUUUGAUUUUAGAUGGUGCCUUUAUCCAACUGGGAUAUUUCAAAUACCGAACGAGUUUCGCGAGUCAGAUCGGAACUCUAACGUGUAUUAUCCUCUUUUCCCUCGUUAGAACUUAUUUCUUCCUUGGAAAACUCGUCGAAUCUUUUUCCUCCCCUUUUUUUCUCUUCGGCAAACGUAUUUUCGCGCGAUUAGAGAAGAUUCGAGCGCAGGGUAGGUCGCUCAAAAAGAAGAAAAAAAUAAAUAAAAAGCCAAAAGAGAAAAGAAAAAGGGCCGAAUUAACGCGCGAUAAAAUCAACAUUUGAUACGCGACUGUGGUUGUGCCAUGCAUUCCAAAUACUAUUGCCGGUGGAAAACCUUUCCUCUUUUUUCAUAUAUUCUACUUGUUUUGCUCCUGUGAUUUUUGUAAAGUCUGCUUCGUACGUUGCGUAGUAGUACACGUUAGACAUAUCAUGCUUUAAUUUUUUCAAGAAAAGCUAAAGAUAAUCUAAAAAAAAAAAAAGAUAAAAGAAAAAAUAUUCUUAGAUUCUUCGGUGACGAUCAGAAUCGAAAAGAGAAAAUUCCUUCGAAUUAGAAUUUUCCAAAAAUUGCGUUAAUAUAGUACGUCUGAUCACGAACCUUUGAAUCGAAUCGAUUUGAAUAUCGAAAUCGAUCGACGCCGAAGCGCGAGUAUUGUUUUUUCUUGAACAUUCCACGUAGCAGUGAGGUAGAGUGAAUGAGAGAGAGAGAGAGAGAGAGAGAGAGAGAGAGAAAGCGUGUCUAGGGAAUAUGAGAGAAAACGUGACAACGUGAGAGAAUUGAGUGGAAGAGAGAUUCUUGGAAAGGAGAGUAAGUGAGAAAGUGAGCAAGAAGUGUACGAAAAAUAGAGAGAGAGAGAGAGAGAGAGAGAGAGAGAAAGAGAGAAAGGCACGAUGGUGAGGGCAGAUAGACGUCGUGGGUCUUUUCGCGUUUUUAGCAAAAAACUCGAUCGCUUGUCCAUUCUUCCGAUUCGUUAUCAAAAGUCGUGCUUUCAUGUCCAGACGAUUUAUUAAAAAAAAUAAAGGAAAAAAAAAAAAAGAAAAAAGCAAAGAAUCGUCACGGGCCUAGAACCGAAGCGCGGGUUGUUAUUCCGUACCGUGCCGUUAUCGAACGUAACCGCAGAGCGAGAGACGCAUAUGCGUGCAUACACAUAUAUAGAGAGAAACGGCCAAGUGCACGCGUAGCGGUCCCUUUUCGACAUUUACCGCCGAUUAUCGUGUUCUCGUUAUCGACUCGCUGGUGGACGCGCUCUUUCUUCAAAUACACGCGUCAAAAAUAGUUCUGCUCAGACCCGAAAGAAGAAAAUUCAUAUACACUAUAUUUUUUAUAUAUCUAAAGUCAAAUAUUUUUUUCAUAUAUCAUAGGAGAUAUAUAAUAAUAUACAUAUAUUUUUUAUAAUUAACAUCCGUAAUAAUGCGCGUACCUUUCGAUUUGUUGCGAUCGCAGAGAGUCAAAUUUGAAACGUUACAUGCCCGUAUAUUUCCAUUGUUUGAAGGACUAAGCGAAACGUUAAAAAAGAGAGAAGAGAAAUAUAUAGAAAAUGAUGUUGUCAUCGCGUUUGCGAACCGAAAGACGCGCGUCCACUAGAGUUCGAAGCUGUUUUCGUGUCCUCGAGGCGAUCUGCGUUUUCCGUGUUGCGUCGAAACGCGGGAGAUAGAGGGAGAAAGAGAGAGAGAGAGAGAGAGAGAGGAUGAAAAUGUAAAAUGUAAAAAAAAAGGAACGAACGUGGAAAAAAAGAUAUCGAAGAUACAAGUACAUACAUCUAUCGUCGUAAACGGUCGGAAGAUGGCGGAGAAUCUUAAGGGUCGGCUGUGCGUCAUAAGAUCGAGUUGCAAAAGAAAAGAAAGAUGGAUGGGGGAACGUAAAAAAAGUAAAUAAAAAUACAAAUCUAAACCGCGACUGUGAUUCUUUUGGAGAGACUCUCUUAUGCGAGGGUUCGAUGUUUUGAUCCUGAAGGGGAGCACGAUUCCGAGAAGAGAUUUUGUUUCUCUCCUUUUUUGUUUCGUUGGGUUUUUUUUCUUACGGAACGUUGUUACCGAUUAUACUCUUUUUUGCCUUUCGAAAGGUCGAAGGAAACGAAGAGGCGUGUACGGCGAUGACGAUGACAAAUAGAAGAAAAAGAAGGCGAAGAAGAAAGGCUAAAGGAAUCGUGCUCUCGCGUAAACUUGUACGCUAAAAAUGUCUUGUCGACUAUUAGUUGUUAGCCUUUCAUCGUCGAGACUCUUAGAGUGCGUGCGAUGCUUUCAUAGGGUACGUAAGUGAGAGCGUGUAAAUAUAUAAAAGAAAGUGUGUGCAUUACGCUGUAUCAGUGAUGAUGUGCGCUAAUGAAGUAAACGAUUGACGAGGGUGUUACAGAGAGAGAGAGAGAGAGAGAGAGAGAGAGAGAGAGAGAAAGAGUGAAAGAUAGAGAGAGAGAGAGAGAGAGAGAGAGAGAGAGAGAGAGAGAGUGAAAGAUAGAAUAAGAGAGAGAGAGAAAGUGGGUACGUUAUGCGUCGAGUUGUGUUGCGUAUCGUGAGCGAUGAACGAACGAGAGAUGAGCGAGAGACAAAAAAAAUAAAGAAAAGGAGAUAGUUGGCUCGUGAUUCGCCGUGAACCGCGACGUCGAAGAUCGUCGUGACGCGUAAACAAAAAUACGAAAAUUCCUAUGGAGAGAGAGAGAGAGAGAGAGAGA